CCGUUCCUGCAUCCUGCCGUAUGCAUACCCUGGAGCCACCACAUUCAGGCUAUAUCCGCACGGUGGAAGAACAUUUCCAUGUGACGGCUCCAUGUGUACCGUCUCUGCUGGACAAGGACGAACAAAGCUUCCCGCUUGCAUCACAGCACUUCCCAUCUCGUUGCGUAAUAUCUCUAUCCACUCAUGGCACAUCAUCACCCCGGCGUCCUUGGAGCUCCCUUACGAAUCCAGGCUACUACCGAGUCCUUAUGUCUUUACGAUGUCAACGCCGGGCUCUACACUCCCAUCAUCACCCAUUACAUGGCAAUCUCAUAUGUCUGUUUCAAGGUUGUGGCUCUGUUUUGUUUUCUGGCAGAUCUAUGGCCCUUUGUUUGCUAUCUCUCUAACUGAUCUUUCUUCGGAUAUCUAUAGCAUGUACUGUUUGUUUUGUCGGCUCAGGUUUGCAUAUUACCACUCUGAUUUUUUAAUAUACCGUUUUGGCCAAUGAAGUUACAUCAUAAGCAUGGAUCGGCGUGUUCG